AUGAAACAAUUGGAUCGUCAUUAGUGUCGACGGCACCUGCUGGUGCUAAUGUAAACGUAAACGACCGUGAAAAGGAUACAAAGGACAACAAUAAUAAUACAGCUGCGAAUAAUGAGACAAAUGGACGUUCGGCAGCUUUGGAGCGAGCUUAUGUUCAUGAUGUGUAUGAGAAUUGUGAAGAACCAGUUGGAUCGAUACGACCAAAAGUUUCACAAUUUCUAACUAAUCUUGAUCCAGGUUCAUUAGUCUGUGAUGUUGGAUGUGGUAAUGGACGAUAUUUGACAGCCGCUUGCAAUCCAGCACUUUAUUCAAUUGGUGUUGAUCGUUGCUAUCGUUUAGCAAAAGUAGCACAAAAUUCAGGUGGCGAGGUUGCAAUUUGUGAUAAUUUAGAAUUACCAUUUCGCGAUGAAAGCUUCGAUGCGGUGUUGUCGUUGGCAGUUGUUCAUCAUUUCGCGACUACAGAACGUCGCAUUAAUGCAAUUCGUGAAUUAGCUAGGAUAUUGCGGAUUGGUGGUCGCGUUAUAAUUACAGUAUGGGCUCUUGAACAGAAAUCGCGACGUUUUGAAUCGCAAGAUGUUUUAAUACCAUGGCAAUCGCCGAAAUCUAAAAAUACGACAACAUCGGAUGAUGAAGAAGACGAUGACGACUUUCUGCCGCCAUAUCAUGCAUAUACGUAUAACGAGGAUUCAACGCAUUCCAACUCGAGCCGCUCACAAGGCGAUGGAGACAGCUCAAGUUUAUCAUCAUCAUCGCCUAGUGAUACGUGUUAUAGCUUCGUACGACGUGCUCUUCAGAAAUUGGCAAGCGGUAAGAAAAGUCCCUGGUUCUUAGACUCGUGGAACUCCAAGGACACCAAGAAUGACAGCAGUUUAGAUUACGAAGAUGCUAAAGAUCUUCCCAUUGAGCUUCGUCGAUUAGAAGAUUUUGAUGAUAUUCCUGAACCUUUGUCAUCGGCUGGUCUGAAAAGUCGAAGUCUUGGAAGUAUUUUGAAUCCACCUCCAAAACAAAUUGUCAGAUCGCGUUCCAGUGUUCCAAGUCUUGGUGCCGAAAUGAAACAAUCACAAAUAGUUGAACCUUUAAAUCAUGCGACAGUUGCAUCUUCAGUAUUAUCAACAUCAGCUCAACCGUCAAUGAUGGUGACGCCAUCGCGACGUCCAAAACUCAUCAAACAAAAACAAUCGAUAACCGAUGAUCCCGAAUUUCCAUUUGACGAGAACUCCCCGUAUAAGAACUUAACGCACAACGAUAUGAGAGCUCAACUUUUAAGGAAGCAGAGUUCACUUAACGAAGAACUUAUGGCCGAAAGUCGAAUAAGAGAGAAAGAAAGAAUUCGAAAACGAAUUCAAAAGCAAAUGUCAUUAAACGAAACAUUUUUAUGUCGAUCAUUGUUCACGAAACGUCUUCAAGUCAUACGUGAAGGUUUCACAACAAAGCUGAAAACAUCAACUGGUAGUUUAGAACGUGUGACAAAAAGUGGCAUCGUAAAAAUUAUGCAAAACAUAAAAAGCGCGAGUAAUACGGGUCAAUGUAAUCAGCAAACAACAGAAAACAUUACGAAUCGAAUAAGUGAAAACAGAACGACGAAAAAUGGUCCUGUGAGUCGUAAAUUAUCCAGCGGAAACUCUUACGAAAGAAGCUCAUCGCUAAAUAAUGGCGACGAAUCUGAGAAAAUAAGAAGACAUUCACGUGAAAGUGGAUCGGAUUCAUCGAAAGAUAGCAGCCUACAAAGUGACACGAGUAUCGAAUCGGAGGACAGUUUUGCUUCUGUGAUCUAUAUUCCUAAAAAACCUGAAAUUCAAUCGAACAAAAUGCCUUCAGUGCCAACGUCUCCCUUGAUAAUGCCUUGUCCUACACCGAUUCAUUCACCAGCUCCACUCUUAAAUCAACGUCAAAUGUGUGUUAAGGAAACGACUCGAUUCACGUUUGAAUGUCCACAACCUGAAACGCAUAAAUCACAAAAGGAAGUUAGUGGAAAGAAAUCGACAACAUUAAAGAUGAGUGGAAGUGGAAUGCAUGCAAAAAUUAAUACAAUUAUCACACCACCAUCGCCAGCUUCUACAACCAUCACAAACAGUCCACCAAUGACAUCAAAACAUCUUUCGCCAAAGAUCACACGACAGACUAUUAAAAAUCUGCCACCAAUUCCAAAAUUCAAGAAAAUGUCAAGCUUUCCCAUUGUUCGUCGCAUUUCCUCAACAAAAUCGAAUGUAGUCGUGCCAAAAUUAAUGUCAUUAGAACUUUUUAAUCCUGAAACAGAUGAUUUGGAUAGUGAUUCGAGUGAACCAUCAUCACCUGAUUCGAUUGACAGUGUCAUCAAUGCUUUGCAACCACAGUCAUCAAACUCACCAACUGAACCAUUACUUACCAGUGAAAAUAUCAGUUCAUCUGACACAAAACCAGCCGCACAAGAUACCAUAUCAAAUAGUUUUAAUGAAUCAACGGUGGCGCCUUUAUUAGAAGCUGCUGCAGUCGUAGCAAAUAAAUUGGAAGAUACUGUUGAAAUGGUUAUGCGAGAACAGUCGUCAACGAUAACAACUGUAAUUGAUGAAAGUGAUUUGUCGUCUAACACGGAAAGAAUAAUUAUUAAUCAAAAUGAUAUAAACCUUAAUGCUAAGCUAACACAUCAUUCAAUCAAUAAUAAUAUUAACAAUAAUAAUAAUAAUAAUCUGAAAACAAUCAAUUUCGAUGACACUAGUGAAAGCCUAGACAACUGUCGUGAACAUUUGGUUGAUUUUGCUGAGAAAUUAAGUGCACAAUUGUUAAAGGAAUUGGAUGAGACGGCCGAAGCUAAUGCUAAUAACAGCAAUUUCAAUGAUGACAUAGACACAUUCUGUGCAGAUCCCUAUGUAAAAAAAAUAAAUGGCGACAUUCGUAACCUGAAUUUGUUACGCGAUGAAUUACGUGAAAGGCGUUUGAUGUUAGCAAAUUUAACUACGAAGCAGCAUUUGUCGCAAGAAAUUGAAAGCGGCCAUCAAAGUUACACCAGUACGCCUCCAACAACCAUUCAAGAGCUUGAGGAAGAUGAUUCGCCUCCGCUAUCGGCAAAGAUUCAAUCCCAUUUGUCACAAAAUCAAACGUUGAUAUCGAAUCUUGGUACGCCUCAAACAACAAAGAAACAGCAGCAGAAAAUUAAUGACUUCAUCCCUGAGGAGAAUGAAGAGAAUGAUGAAGAAGAAGAAAGCUCAAAAGCGGAUGAAGAUUCGAGUAUUAGAUCGAGAAUAAGUUUCAGUCAUUUGAGUUACAAUCCAACAAACAACAAUUUCAACAACACCAAUGACACUGCACUUUUACUUCAGGAAGAUAGCUUCGAUGAAGUCGACAAUAGCAGCUCUAUUGGGUUGCAACAAAUGAAACAAAAUUUGCUCAAAAACAUUAAACAUCCGAAUAAGAUGAGCGAUAGUAAUAACAACAGCAACACCAACUCUUGCGAGUCGUGGGCGAAUUCAAACAGCACAACAGCAUCACUUGAUAGCCCCUCAGUCGGCGGGGGUUCGGCAACACAUCAUCGAUAUUAUCACGUGUUUAAAGAGGGCGAACUUGAUGCUUUAAUUAACAAACACGUUGGAAAUCUUCAUAUUGUCUCUUCUUAUUAUGAGAGAGCUUCAUGGUGUGUUGUGUGUGAAAAGGUUCAAGUGUGGACCAUAU